UGAUGGAAUGGAUUGGAGUGGAACAGUUUGAACCGAAAAUGACGAGGAUAUUUAAUAUUGUUCCAAAUCCAGAUUUGGAAUAAUAAUCAUCAUAAUUAUCAUCCGAUCAAUCAAGAACAGAAAAAGAGAUUGAUUAUUGACAAAAACUCGACAAAACGACAUGUCUGGCAAAAGAAUAUCGUCGUCCGAUACCACACCACUGCUUGGCCCACGACAACGCAGUUUUCCUCUCUAUGGUCCUUCUAAUCGCUCCAUUUCCUCACCUUCCUUUAUCGAAAUGUCCACCUCUACCAUCGCUACUUUUCCUCGUCGAACCGUCUUCCUCGGCGUCGAUGUAGGCACCGGCAGCGCCCGCGCUGGUCUGUUUAAUGAGAAUGGAAAACUGCUUGGAACUGCUAGUAGUCCUAUACAAAUAUGGAAAGAACGUGACUGCGUUGAGCAAUCAUCUACAGAUAUUUGGCAUGCCAUUUGUGCAGCUGUGAAAUCAGCUUGUAACCUUGCUGAUGUUUCUGGGGAAGAAGUUACCGGCAUAGGAUUUGCUGCUACUUGUUCUCUUGUUGCUGUUGAUUCUGAUGGAGCUCCUGUUUCGGUUUCUUGGAGCGGGGAUUCAAGAAGAAAUAUUAUAGUUUGGAUGGAUCAUAGAGCAGUAAAACAAGCUGAGAAGAUCAAUUCCUCUAACUCACCAGUAUUGCAAUACUGCGGUGGAGCUCUUUCCCCUGAAAUGCAGCCGCCGAAGCUCUUAUGGGUGAAAGAAAAUUUGCAAGAGUCAUGGUCAAUGGUGUUCAGAUGGAUGGACUUGAGUGAUUGGUUGUCAUAUAGAGCAACAGGAGAUGAUACUCGUAGUCUAUGUACAACAGUAUGCAAAUGGACAUAUCUUGGCCAUGCACAUAUGCACCAGAUAAAUGAAAAAGAUUCUCGCGACAUGGAAGCUUGUGGCUGGGAUGAUGACUUUUGGGAAGAGAUUGGCUUGGGUGAUCUCGUAGAUGGGCAUCAUGCUAAGAUUGGACGAAGUGUAGCUUUCCCUGGCCAUGCUUUGGGUUCUGGUCUGACUCCUACAGCUGCGAAGGAACUGGGUCUUGUAGCAGGAACUCCUGUAGGGACCUCAUUGAUUGAUGCUCAUGCUGGUGGUGUGGGGAUCAUGGAGAGUGCUCUUGAGGCAGAUUCUGACGCUAAAGAGUAUGACAAGGAAGCAAUAUGUCGCCGUAUGGCAUUAGUUUGCGGUACUUCCACUUGUCAUAUGGCUGUAUCACAGAGCAAGCUGUUCAUUCCUGGGGUUUGGGGACCAUUUUGGUCAGCGAUGGUUCCUGAGUACUGGCUUACAGAGGGUGGGCAGAGUGCUACCGGUGCAUUAUUAGAUUACAUAAUUGAAAACCAUGUUGCUUCUCCUCGCCUUGCAAAUCGUGCUGCUUCUCAAAAUGUAUCACUGUUUGAAAUUCUGAACAAUAUAUUAAGGACAAUGGUGGAUGACCUGAAGACUCCAUUCCUUGCUGCUUUGACAGAAGAUGUCCAUGUCCUUCCUGACUUUCACGGGAACAGAUCUCCCAUUGCAGAUCCAAAAGCAAAAGGAAUUAUUUGUGGUAUGACCCUUGACACGAGUGAGAGACAGCUAGCUCUUCUAUACCUUGCCACCAUACAGGGUAUUGCAUAUGGUACACGCCACAUUGUGGAGCAUUGCAAUGCUCAUGGUCACAAACAGAUUGACAUAUUGCUUGCAUGUGGUGGCCUUUCGAAAAACCUUGUGUUUGUUCAAGAACAUGCAGAUAUAACCGGUUGCCCUAUUAUACUUCCAAGAGAAAGUGAGUCUGUGCUACUGGGUGCUGCAAUUCUUGGUGCUGUUGCUGCAAAGAAAUAUGCCAGUCUUAGUGAGGCCAUGAGGGCACUGAAUAAAGCUGGUCAGGUAUGCUUGAGAAUUCUAGCUCUUCAAUCUUCAGUUCGAUUUAAGACUUUUAUGGGACACGGACAAAAAAUAUAUAUUUUGAGAAAGAGGUUUUCCAGGUCAGGAUAAUAAUGCAUAUUUUUUUGUUAGUCAAUGCCAUGUAAAAUUGUGCAGUAGAGUGUUCGGUUUUUGUUGGAAUUCCAUUUAGCCAACUCUUCCUGUCCCUACACCAACUUCUUACAACCUCACAAAGGAAAAAAAAAAAAAAAAUGGACUUUGAGGCAACUGGACUCUAAUAAAUAUUAACCUGUAAAAUGAUUUAUGUCACAGAUUGUUGUGAAACAUUGUAAAUAAAUCGUAAGGACGUUGCUAAAAUAGGAGUCUGAAAAUGGGUAGCAGCACAUCUGAAUAAAUGAGACCUACAACCUUGGCAGAGAACCUUAGCUGUCCAGGGCUUGACUUGAUGUACUUAUGCUAUGAACUUUAUGCCUAACCCUGCUUCUAUCACUGAUGCACAUCUAAUUAUCUUAUGUCUCAUAGUCUUGCUUUACAGUACUUUGGCAUGUGGUCAUGUUUUUUAGCCUUUCACUACACAGAUGCAUUCUGAGACUCAUUCGCAGCUUUAGGCAUUAAUAUUAACAUCUAAAAUAUAUGAACUUUCUCUGCUAGGGUCACUGUGCCUUUUGACAGUACAUCACUUUCAUGUAAUAGAUGCCACUGUACAUUUGUUCUUCACCAGAGUGACUUUUCGUGUGGCAUAAAGGGAUGAUGUUGCUGAUUGUGCCAUAAUUAUACUAGGACUAUAUUUUGGUUCUUUAAGCUACUCUUUGGCGCAGUGGCCAGUCCAAGUUACUUUCAUUUUGAUCCUUUAGUCACUUCAUGUUUUGGAUAAUUACACACCACUCCUCAGCUUGCUGUUCUACUUUGUUAAGUUGGCCUUUACUGCCUGUUUAAUUUGAAUGGCAAUACCUUGCCAUUUAUGGUUCUCAAGCUAGCGAGUCUGUGUCGUUCUAUCAUUUCCUUUAAUUUUACAGGUUAUUCAUCCAUCAAAGGACCCAAGGUGAAGAAGUAUCAUGAUGCCAAAUACCAUAUUUUCCGGCAGCUGUAUGAGCAGCAACUCUCUCAGCGUUCCAUCAUGGCCAAAGCUUUGGAGUAGAUUGUACCAUUUCUCAAAACUUGUGAAUGCUAUUGUGCAGGAAUAUUCCUCAGUUCCUCCUUCACUCUCAGAAAAAAAAAAAA